UGUGUCCCUCAAGUCUGAGAUUAAGAAGCUGAUCUACAUGCAAGUGGCGCUGUGGCUGCUGGUGGCGGCGCAGAUGUGUGUCGCUCACUUCAAGUUGCUGCCCCACGACCAGGUGGCCAUGCCCUACCAGUGGGAGUACCCGUACUUGCUCAGCAUCAUCCCUUCGCUCUUCGGCCUCUUCUCCUUCCCCCGAAACAACAUCAGCUACCUGGUGAUCUCCAUGAUCAGUACGGGCCUCUUCUCGGUGGCGCCUCUCAUCUACGGCAGCAUGGAGAUGUUCCCCAUGGCCCAGCAGCUCUAUCGCCACGGCAAGGCCUACCGCUUCAUCUUUGGCUUCUCCGCCGUCUCGGUCAUGUACUUGCUGGUGGUGAUCGCCGUGCAGGUCCACGGCUGGCAGCUUUAUUACAGCAAGAAGCUGCUGGACUCCUGGUUCACCAGCACACAGGAGAAGAAGAAGAAAUGAAGAACCGGCUCGGAGCUGCAUGUAUGUGGGACACCGUCUCGGGGCUGGGAGCUGGAGGUGCCAGACUCAGGCGAAGGCAGGACGGGUUCUUUGUCAUCCCCACCCAGUGGAUAGGGUGAUGCCAGAGGUCCUGUGCAUGCCGAGUGAGAGUUGAGCCCCUACCUUGGCAUCUUCCAGCUAGGCCUGGGAGAAGCACAGUAUGGACAACUUUCCUUGGGAGGGAUUGAAGGGUUCUUCGGUCUUAAGGAGAG